AUGGACGAACUAAAAUACAGAGGGAAAAAAAGAGAGGGAAGACACAGGGAUACAUGGGAUCCAUUCCAGCUGAACCCAAUCGGAGCUGAGAAGGAAUCGAAGAGAAGAUGUUUUCAGCUGGCCCAGUAUCUGAUGGCUGUUAUUGUCGGGUUAGCCGUCUUGACAAGUGCUGUUGUCUCUAAGGGCUCUCUCCUGGUGUUGUCCACCAUGUCAUCUCCGACCUCCAUGCGCAGCCCAAAGGAAAAACAGUUCUACAUGCUGAUGCUAGUUUUCUGCUUGGUCUUCCCCAACUUCAUGAUGUUUGUCAAGUCGCUGUGGAAAUGUGCCUUCAAGAGCUUCGUACAGCCCAACAUGAAGACCCUGGCCUUUGUUUGUGCUAUCGAGUGUCUGGUGUCUCUGGGCACUUCAGUCCUGGUGCUCGUUGUUAUGCCUCAGUUUGAUGUGUUGACUAAUCUCUUCAUCAGUGGAGGAGUAUGCAUUGUGUCGGCCAUUCUGCAGAUUGUUUUCAGACUACAAAGAAAAACAUGGAAAAUUGUCUUCCCUAUAUGCUCCCUCAUUCUCACUGUUGCAGGUUACUGUCUCGUGGGAGUUGACUACUAUGCGCGUGUGACAUCAAAAGUGGAUCUACAGAAAUCCGACUGCUUUAUCUAUAUUGGACUUGGAAUUUUCUCUUCACUCCUCAUCUCCCUCUGCUGGUGGGAAAAUCCACUGCAAGCUACAAACCGAAUGCAGAAAAAACUGUCAGAACUGGACGGGUUCAGGGACUUUGUGUUUGUCAUCAGCAGUCUUCUGAGGAUAAUCGUGAUAGGAGGUGUAUACCUGUUUUACCAUGUGCUUAUCGAUAAGUCUAUCGUCUGGGCUGACUAUAACAUGCACGAUGAUGACUGGCAGUUACUGCAAAUAGGACUGGUGCUGUUAUUCUUACAGGCGUUCUGCUCGGCAGCCUGCCACUGGUUCGGGGUGGUGGCCUGUAAGAUUCAUGCAGUCAGGAUGAGCUUUGCGUUGCCAGUAUGUUGCGCGGGGCCUACAACCCUACUGUUGGGACUGAUACUUUUCAUAACCGAGGCACACAAAUUGGAUGGCGGAAAACAUGGGAGUAUCCAAGCGUUUUGUGAAAGCUUGGUCCACCUGAGUCAAAAGAACACAACCCCUGUGGUCAUACUCGAGAUUACCAGGAGCAUCUGUCGUACUUCUCUUAACAGCUAUUAUCUGCAAUGGCCCUUUUCAAUGCUGGCACUGGAGGGAGUGUGUAUGUGGUCAGGCUUUGUCGCAUGUACCUACUACGUGUGGAAGAUCAAGGUGCAGCGUAUCGAGAGAACCGCCCAGCUCUUUGUUCGUCGUCUCUAUGAAUCUGCUUUCAUUGACCUGUCUCUGCUACUCAACACUAAGAUGAAGGUGCCGCGAGCCCGAAACGAGGAGAGCCAUGAUGACAUUCAGGAAUGCGUGAUCUAUCUUUGUGCCACCAUGUGGCAUGAGACCUACGAUGAAAUGCUCAAGAUUCUCACCUCCAUGUUCAGGUUGGACCGCUAUCGAGGCGAUCCAAAGGAGGAACACAAUGACUGUUUCGACUUUGAGUGUCACAUUUAUGUGGAUGAUGCCUUCAUGACUGAGGACGACACGAAGAAGAGGCUGGUUAAUAGUUAUGUUGAUGACUUGAUCAAUGUUGUCAUAGAGGUUUAUAGGGUGUUUACCAACAAAGAGCCAGACGACGUGUCGAUCAUUGAGACUCCCUACGGAGGCAGGCUGAUGUUUGUAAUGCCUGAAGGCAACAUGCUUUAUGUUCACCUAAAAGACAAAGUAAAGAUCAGGAACAAGAAGAGAUGGUCCCAGAUCAUGUAUAUGUAUUAUCUACUCGGGUGGAAGGGUUACAUUGUCAAGAACCCUCAGAAGAUCCCACGUCAGAAUAACCUAUGCAGAGCCAGUCUGAUCUCUUUAGAUGGGGAAAGUUACCUGUUGCCUCAGUAUGACAACGACUACAAGAGGAAAUUAAUCUCAGAUGACCACACUUAUAUCCUGGCUCUAGACGGAGACACUGACUUCCAACCCAAAGCUGUGAUUCUGCUUAUAGACAGGUUGAGAAUGUAUGAAAAUGUUGGUGCAGCAUGUGGUAGAAUCCAUCCUACCGGUAUGGGUCCCAUGGUGUGGUACCAGAAGUUUGAGUAUGCCGUUGGCCACUGGCUUCAGAAGACAGCAGAGCAUGUGUUCGGCUGUGUGCUGUGCAGUCCGGGGUGCUUCAGUCUGUUUAGAGGGUCGGCUUUGAUGGACGACAAUAUCUUAAAGAGAUACACAACAACUGCGACAAGAGCUGCAGAAUAUGUGCAAUAUGACCAAGGGGAGGAUCGUUGGCUGUGUACUCUGUUACUGCAGCAGGGAUGGCGCGUCGAAUACAAUGCUGCAUCAGAUGCAUACACCAACUCUCCACAGGAGUUCAAGGAGUUUUACAACCAGAGGAGACGAUGGGGACCAUCAACACUGGCUAACACACUGGACCUUCUGCACAGUGGUGGAGAGACGGUGAAGAAGAACUCCUCAAUCUCCAGGCUUUACAUUUUCUACCAGAUGUUUGCAGUCGGUUCCUCGAUCCUUGGUCCAGCAUCAGUGACUCUCAUGAUAGCAGGUGCCUUCCAGUUUGUCUUCAAAAUCGAAGGGACACUUUCCAUCCUCAUCGCCAGCCUUCCCCCUGUGUUCUACGUCAUUGUCUGUUUUGUAGCCAAGUCUAAUAAUCAAAUAACCAUAGCUGCCAUUAUGAGUGUGUUCUAUGCGUUCCUCAUGACCGCAUCCCUCUUCUCCAUCAUCGGUGACAUAGUGAUUCAGGGCACCUUCCUGACCCCUACUGGUGUGUUUUUGGUUUCUAUGACAAUCAUGUACUUGGUGACAGCCCUACUUCACCCAGAGGAGUUUGUGAUGAUUGUCUAUGGUCUGAUGUACUUCAUCUGUAUUCCAAGUGGAUAUCUCCUACUGACCAUCUACUCACUGGUUAACAUGCACGUUGUAACCUGGGGCACAAGAGAAACCACUAAGAAAGAAGACGUGAAGAAGAACACAAAUAUUAUGUGUGACAGAAGCUGUACAAUCUGCUGUUGGGACAUGAAGUGUCAGGUAACACAGGAAAGCGAGAAUCUGAUGCUUCAACAAAUCACUGGCCAGAAGGCACAGCCUGCCCCAAACUCUCUGCUGACCAACCUGCAAUCAACUCAACAAGGGACUGUAAACCUGGAGCUUCAAGUCAAACCUGAAACCACCAUGGAAGAAUUUUUCGGAAGAGCUCAGUCCCCUCCCAGAGACAAACACAACAAGACAAACAGGGACAAAGACGAUGACACUGAUUCCAGUAGCAGUGAUGACAGCUUUGAAAAAAAGACCCUAUCAAUGAGUGCAUCAAUGAGUGCAAUCGAUGAAGAUGAGGAUUUCAUACUGACUGGUAACCAAGAAGAAACAGAGGAGCUCCCUGUUAGUGACUGGGUGACGCCGGUGAAAGCAGAGUUCUUGAAGAAGCUGACUUACGCUAACAUGAGAAGGAAUCUACAAGCACAAAUACGAUACACACUUCGCAACAAAAAUCAGGAUGACCUGUGCGAGGAGUUGGUCUUGAUGUUGACAGAUACUCUCAAUGUAGAGCUAAGUCAUGUAGGGCCUGAAGAUGUUCUGACAACAAGCCAGCUGGAGGAGUUACAAUAUGCACUGACAGAGCGGGCUCGGCGUAUCAUUAAGACCAGUCAAUUGAACAGACUGGAGAAGAGAGUGAUGAGAGCCAUUGAGAAAACACUCAUCGCCCCGCAGGUGCAGAAACUAGAUGAGGGUGAGGAAGACUUCUGGAACAAAUUAAUCGAGCGCUACCUAAAGCCUAUCGUUGACAUCAAAGCACAUCAAGACGAGGUGACCAGAGAGCUGAAGUCCCUGCGCAACAAGGCUGUCUUCCUGUAUUUCAUCAUCAACGUGCUGUGGGUGGUAGCUACCUUCUUCCUGCAGGCCAUUGGAAAUGACGUCAUCAGCAUCAAGAUCCCUAAAUACUAUCCAAAUGGAACUGAAGCUGACGAACCCCUCAAGGUGGAGCCGCUCAGUUUGAUGUUCCUGUUGUCUUUUGCUGUUCUGCUCAUUAUGCAGUUCCUGGCUAUGUUAUAUCACAGGGUCUACACUCUGAUCCACGUAGUGUCCUAUCGCAGCACAGAGAAAGACUACAAAGAGAGAAAUGAUGAGGUCGAUGACGAUGUCCUCAUUAUGGAGAACCACAGUGCAAAUGGACUCGUCCUUACCAGUGACGACCUGUGA